GAGAAAAAGUUCCACCCCCAUCGAUUGUUACAGCUGCGUUUCGAUAAAAGUCAGCAGGCGCAUCUCUGUUAAUUUAUAGAAAAAAACAAAUACUCAGAAAAACAAAAUUCAUUUGUUUGUUUUGAUCAAAUUGCAACGUAAUCCAGAGUUUACUCCACAGCGGUUUCGGAAUUAGAAAUCCCUAGAGCGAAGUCCCUCGAGAAUGUCCUGGCAAAGUGUUCCCCAGUAUCCCCAAUACCAAGAUCCUAACCAGCAGUACAACUAUGGCGGCGGUUAUCCCCCUCAGGGAGGAUAUGGUGGAUAUCCGCCUCAGGGUGGUUAUCCACCUCAAGGACCUCCGCAAGGUUACCCACCCUAUGCCCAAGGAGGUGCCCAACCCUAUCCACAACCCUACGGACAGGGGCCUCCACCAGGAGGUUAUGCUCCCCAGCCGGGAUUCAUUCAACCACCACCAUCUGCUGGCGGCUACGGUGUCUACGAUGAUCCGGAGAGCCAGCCCAAGAACUUCUCAUUUGACGACCAAAGCAUCCGGCGCGGAUUCAUACGCAAGGUGUACCUGAUUCUGAUGGGACAACUUAUCGUCACCUUUGGAGCUGUGGCCCUGUUUGUAUUUCACGAGGGCACUAAAACCUUUGCUAGGCGUAACAUGUGGCUCUUUUGGGUUGCUCUCGGCGUGAUGUUAAUAACCAUGCUGUCUAUGGCUUGCUGCGAAAGUGUUCGCCGCCAAACCCCGACGAACUUUAUAUUCUUGGGUCUGUUUACAGCAGCUCAGUCGUUCUUAAUGGGAGUUUCCGCAACCAAAUAUGCUCCGAAUGAGGUUCUCAUGGCGGUGGGCUUAACAGCAGCGGUUUGCCUGGCUCUAACACUCUUCGCCUGGCAGACCAAGUACGACUUUACAAUGAUGGGCGGUAUUUUGAUCGCCUGCAUGGUGAUUUUCCUCAUUUUCGGCAUUGUGGCCAUCUUCAUAAAGGGAACAGUCAUAAAGCUGAUAUACGCCUCAAUCGGAGCGCUACUCUUCUCCGUUUACCUCAUUUACGACACACAGUUGAUGAUGGGCGGCGAGCACAAAUACUCCAUCAGCCCCGAGGAGUAUAUCUUUGCGGCACUAAACCUCUACCUGGACAUCAUCAAUAUCUUCAUGUACAUUCUGACUAUAAUCGGCGCGUCGCGCGACUAAGCUCCGCUCUAUUUCCAAAUAUUGUUUACUGUUUAGCCGGGUUAUUUUGUAACCUAAAACGAAUAUCGUUGUCGCGUAAUCUCAUCGGUGUGCUCCCCCAGUAAAAGGAAAACUUCAACUAAAGAAUGGCUCAGAAUUGCUGUGUUUGCCAAUUUCCCGUUUCCUUCUAGUUCUAAAUGGCAGCAAAAGUUAUAUGAACUACUUACUUGUUAUGUAUGUUUUAUUAAGUUGAGGUGCAAACCAAGUGAAUGUUUCCAAAUUUUCAUCUAAAAAAAAAAAUUAUAUAUAUGUAUGUAUACCAAAUGAUAUGCCAUUCAGAUACGAAAAACAACAAUAAAUAUUUACGUAUUAACAUAUUUAUGUGAGAAUAUACAAAUAAGCAAGAUUGCUUGCAGUUGUUAAAACAUAAAACUUAACCAAGGAAUCCCGAUUUUUCAACUAUGAAUCAAGUACCGAACAUUGUAAUCCCUGCAGCGACACUGAGUUUAAAGUCAACAAUAAAGCGCAUCUAUUUAUUAAA